CCAGUGAAAGUUGUGUGUGUGUGUGUCAAAGGUGGUUUUUGUAAAAAUUCACAACGCGACCCGCCCGCCAAAAGGGUUGAUAUACCAUUGUAGUACUACUGUAAAAAUGGAUUACAGAAGCAAGUGGUUCGUUUUGACUGUACUGUACCUUUUUCUGCACUUUACUUUACCGGCAGUUAUACAACCUUUAAAUGGCACUUGGCGCGUUAAAGAUGUUGGCAACAUUUAUAGCCUCCCAGCUACAGUACCCGGUAGUAUUUAUGCAGACUUAAUGAACAGUGACAUAAUAGGCGAUAUAUACUACGGAAAUAAUGACAUAGAUACCCGAUGGGUUUCAAAAAUGGAUUGGAUAUACAGCCGCGUUUUCGAUGUUGAUCCAGAAAUCCUUUAUCAGCAAAACAUUAACCUAGUAAUGGAAGGUAUAGACACGUUUGCAACAGUUAUAUUAAACGGGGUUGAGGUGGCCUAUACAAAAAACAUGUUCUUAAGGUACAUUUUUGACGUCAAGAACUAUUUGAAGGAAGGAGCCAACAAUAUUACUAUGAUAUUUUAUUCACCUGUGAACAAAGCACGAGAACUAUUUGACAAACACAACAACUAUGUAGGAUUACCGCAAUGUGUAGAAGAUUCUUACAAUGGCGAAUGCCAUGUAAAUUUUAUAAGAAAAAUGCAGUCUUCUUUUGCUUGGGAUUGGGGGCCAGCAUUCCCAUCAAUGGGAAUAUGGAAACCUGUAUUCCUGGAAGCCUACAAUUAUUCGGUAAUACGCGAUGUUACUAUAGAAAUAAUUCAUGAUACUACAACGGACAUGUGGGAUGUGGAUGUAAACGUUUAUUUGGCAGGAAACGGCGGAAGCCAAUGCAAUCAAGGAACUCUGGUUAUAUCGUUAGAUACUGAAAACGACACAAUAUCAAACGUAUACGAAGUGAACAUAGCGCCCAAUGGAACUGUACAACAUGCCAACGUUUCUAUACCAAAGUACCAUGUUAGACCUUGGUGGCCAAAUGGAUAUGGAGAUCAGGUUUUGUACAAAUUUAAUGUGACAUUUACGAGUGCAGAUGGAAGUGAAAAAUCGGAAAAAAUCAUAAGGGUUGGUUUCAGAACAAUCGAGUUAAUUCAAGACGAUGUAGGGAAUGGUACAACUUUUUACUUCAAAGUUAAUAGCGUUCCGAUUUUUGCUAAAGGAACAAAUAUCAUUCCCAUUAGCAUGUUACCAGAGCAAUUGCAAAAUGAAACGCAGUGGAGAUUUUUGUUUCAAUCCGCGAAAGAAGUGAACAUGAAUAUGGUCAGGAAUUGGGGCGGAGGCACUUAUAAACCAGAUUUGUUUUACGAAUUGGCAGACGAAUAUGGCAUUUUGAUUUGGCAAGAUUUUAUGUUUGCUUGUGCUAUGUAUCCAGUGGAGGACGAUUUUCUUGAAAAUGUUAGGCAAGAAGUGGAAGGUACCGUAAAAAGGGUGCAACAUCAUCCAAGCAUUGCCCUUUGGGCGGCUAAUAAUGAAAACGAAGCCGCCAUAGCAUACAAUUGGUACGGAACCGACAUAAACUAUAAUUUAUAUAAAGCGGAUUAUAUAAAGCUAUACGUUGAAACGAUAGCUCCGGAGGUGUUCUUGUAUGACAAGUCGAAACCAUUUACAACAUCGAGCCCAACAAACGGAGUGAAGUCGGUCCAACAAGGUUUCAUCGGAACUUUGCCCGAGUGCAGUCAAUAUGGAGACACUCAUUACUAUGAUUAUAGUGUAGACAGUUGGGACGCCGACACGUUUCCACGUACUAAGUUCGCAUCCGAGUACGGUUUCGAAUCGUUGCCGUCUCUUUACACGAUGAGAACGGCGACGAACAACUCGAACGAUUUGCAGAUAUUCUCAAAGUUCAUGAUAAAUCGGCAGCAUCACUACGGAGCCGAAGGAUACAACCAGAUGCUCUUCUUGAUAAAGUUAAGACUACGUUUGCCGUCUGUGGAUAGCGAGAAUUUUAUGAAAACUUUCAUUUAUUACAGUCAGAUUCAACAAGCUAUGGCUGUCAAGAUGCAAUCGGAAUUUUAUAGAGCGAUGCAAAACACCCUGUUUGAAGAUGGAUCUGGCUUAUCAAUGGGGGCUUUGUACUGGCAAUUGAAUGACGUUUGGGCAGCCCGUCUACAUGAGAUAUCAAUUUCGAAAAAUUUAUUUACUUACGUGGAUUUUGAGUAUACAUACCAACAUAUUUUAGAUUCCCAGAACCGAUGGAAGAUGUUACAUUAUUAUGCCAAAGAUUUUUUUGCUCCUGUAAUUGUAACAGGCUAUCUCGCUCGAACAGGAAAUCUACAAAUCUAUUUGGUAUCGGACAAAGUUGACACUAUACCUAAUGUAACGGUUAACAUAAGAGUCCAAAAUUGGAUGUCAUUUGAGCCAGUGGCCGAAGAGAAAAUAAAAGUAGACAUGCAACCGUUAAGAUCUACCCUAAUUAAAUCAUUUUUUGUCGAUAAUUAUUUGGCCAGUAACGGCUGUGGAAGUUUGGGUAUUGCCAGUAAACACUGCUUCAUAUAUUUGACUGUAAAUGAUCCGUUUUCUUCAAUUGCUCCCGAUAAUUAUGUAUUUCCUAUACCUUUAAAGGAUGCUCUUAUUCCCACUCCAGCUUUAAAGAUCGUGUCCGUAGACAUGGUAUCGCCCGAUGGAAAGGAAUAUGAUAUUGGUUUGGAGUCAGAUAACAUCGCCUUGUACGUUUGGUUGGAAACUGCCGAAAUUUUGGGAAAAUUUUCGAAAAAUGGUUUCCUGAUGUUGACACCCAGUGCCACAGUUAAAUUUUAUGCCAACGAACCGACGACCACUCAACAACUAACGGCAGCCCUUACAGUAACGAAUUUAUUUGACGAACAGUAUUUGUAG